UCUUCGUUGCACACACAAUUCACACUUUAUAACUUGCACUGCCAGCUACCUAGCCACACAGUUCCAUCAUCUUCUGUUUAAGUUUAUCAGUGAUUAUGGCUGAGGAGAAUCAGAACAAGAGCCAUGAGUACGACACUACUACUGAGGUUGAGAUUCAAGACCGUGGAGUUUUCGAUUUCCUGGGGAAGAAAAAGGAAGAAGAGAAGCCUCAGGAGGAGGUGAUCGUCACCGAGUUUGACAAGGUUAAGGUUUCUGAUGAAACCGAGGGAGAGAAGAAGCACAGCCUCUUAGAGAAACUUCACCGAUCCAGCAGUAGCUCCAGCUCUUCGAGUGAUGAGGAGGAUGAAGGAGAAGGUGGGGACAAGAAGAAGAAGAAAAAGGAAAAGAAAGGGCUGAAGGAGAAGAUUCAGGAAAAGAUAGGAUGUGAUCACAAGGAAGAGAAGGAGGAGGAGAAGGAGGACACGGCGGUUCCAGUUGAGAAAGUGGAGGUUGAUCCGGCACACCUAGAGGAAAAGAAAGGUUUCCUCGACAAGAUUAAGGACAAAUUGCCAGGUCAGCACAAGAAGAUAGAGGAGGUGCCCCCGACAUCAUCAGAGUAUGAUGCUGGCCACACUCAUGAAGUGGAGGCCAAGGAGAAGAAGGGUCUUUUAGAGAAGAUCAAGGAGAAGCUUCCUGGUUAUCACCCCAAGCCAAAUGAAGAGAAAGAAAAGGAAAGCGGUGCUCAUUGAGAUUGAGACCCUGUUUUGUUCACAAUUAAGGAUGAUUGUGGUGUGUUUUGUUUAAUUUCAUCAUGGGCUUAUUGUAUUGUUGGUGUAUCUGUCUAUAUUUCCUCUUUUUCAUAUGUUGUUUGAACUUUGAAGCAUUGUUUUUAAAAAGUAUUGAAAAAAAAGGAAUGGAAUU